AUGGAUUCAGUGAACGAUUCAACAAGAAUCUAUCAUGAACGACAGUCCAAAAUGUUCUGUGCAUUACAUGCACUGAACAAUGUUUUUCAAGAUAAAAUAUUCUCCAAACAUUGCUUGGAUAGGAUAGCCGAUAAUCUGAAUACAGGCUCAUUUAUCAAUCCUCAUAGAAAUGUAUUUGGUUUAGGGAAUUAUGAUGCAAAUGUGUUAGUUAUCGCUCUUCAACAAUGUGGCUAUGAUAUAGUAUGGUGUGAUAAACGUAAAACAAUCGCUGCACAUAAUUUAAAUUUUGAUAAUAUUUUCGGCUAUAUACUGAACACAUUUUCUAAUCGUCGUAUUUUUAACUUAACAUUGCCAUAUGCUGGAAGUCAUUGGAUUGCUCUACGCAAAUUGAAACUGGAUGACAAACAUCUUUACUUUAAUUUGGACUCUAAGUUAUAUCAACCAGUUGUGGUUGCAUCAACCGAUGCUGAGUUUGUCAAUUACAUAGAAGGACGUCUUAGAGAAUAUCCUGAGACUCAGCUAUUAUUCGUGGUGUCUAAUGAUGUGCUUCAACAACGUUCCUGGACGCAUAAUAAAUAA